AUGUUCCAACAGUCUCCGAAUAUACAAGCGAACCUGAGUACGAUCGACGAAUUGUUUGAAUCCCUGAUUCAGAAGCUUCAAUCCAUGUUCGGAGCCAUUUCGUGGCGCAAUCUGAGGCCAUCUACACCAUGCUGGGUGAAGGAAAUGAAAGAAAACUGGACUCUCCCACGACGAAAAGCCGUGUAAGUCAACACGAUGUUUACAUUCUCUGAGUAACACCACAUUGUUUAUAUGGGGGUGGGAAAUUUACACGAAAACGACAUGUUUGGUCAAAAAGUGUGUGGAGAAACGAUGACAAGUCAUUCUUAAUGAGCUUGAUAUUGUUUGAAAGUUACUUUUAUAUAAUAGGUACUGUUACCUAUACAUUAAGAAAGGUUAAAACAAAGGCAGUACAACUUCUUACAAAGUGAACACCAUCACCUUUCAGAUGGACCGAUGUCAAACUGUCAACGUGCUCGAUUUGCCUCGACGAUUGGCCGAUUAAGCCGGUAGCUUGUCGCAGAUGUAAACAAUGUAUUGGUUGUGGUGAUUGUGUAGACAAAUGGUGUAAUGAGCGGCUAUUCUCAUCUCCAACGUGUCCCCUGUGCCGGGAACGGUGGCUAAGUCGACGUGAAAUAGUAGAGAUGGUCGUAUUACCUGAAAUACGAUAA